AUCUGCCAUAAUAGAUGACAUUGAAUGCUUCACACCCACCUUGAUAUUAAAGCUCGGUGGCUCCAUUAAAUAGACCCAGAAGAAGAAGCAGUAGACCUUGAUCAGGAGAAGGAAGACCUUGAAAGCUAGUUCUUCAUUUGAGUUCCACAUACCUAAAUCCAGAAAAGGCCAACAACACCAGGAUCAUGUCAACUGUCGUAGAGAAGUCUGCAGCGGAAGUUGCACGGGGAGACGAGUUAGAAGGGAUGAGUAGCAACGGCAACGGCAGCAGCUUGAGAACGGCGGAGACGCUGCUGCGACUGCUGCCGAUUGCUCCCUGUGUGGCUGCUCUGCUGGUCAUGCUUCACGAUUCCCAGGACAAUGAGUUCGGCACCGUUUCCUACUCUCAUAUUGGAGCCUUCAGGUUUUUGGUGCAUGCCAAUGGCAUAUGUGCUGGUUAUUCCCUACUGUCUGCUAUCAUAUCAGCCAAGUCCCGUCCCCCCACCAAGUCUCUAGCCUGGACUUUCUUCUUCCUAGAUCAAUUGCUUACAUACAUAAUUCUGGGAGCUGGAGCUGUGUCGACAGAGAUUCUGUACUUGGCUUUCAAGGGAGAUUCAACUAUAACGUGGAGUCCGGCUUGUGAGAGUUUUGGCGGAUUCUGUCACAGAGCCACAACUUCUGUGAUCAUUACAUUUCUGGUGGUGGCUUUCUUUGCUCUCAUUUCACUUAUUUCAUCUUAUAAGCUCUUCAGCAAGUUUGAUGCUCCUGCCAUCAACCCCAUUAAGGCCACCUUCGGUUGAUGAUGAUAACAAUGAUGAUACUUUCCAGUUUCCACGGUCCAGAAGUCUUUAUCUCUAGUUACUCUUUCCUCGGAUUAUUACUGCACCAGUUAUUACUUACUUAAUUGCAAUGUAAAAAUAAAAACUAGACAUUUGUGCUCGUGUCAUUUUGGCCUUUGGAGUUCGGAGGUUAUAAUGUGUCUGGUACUGUAUUUAGUCCUUGUAAUUCCCAAUAGUGUUAGACAAACCAAUUUAUUUGUUUGCGCUGAAGAACCCAAUUAAUUAACUUGAUUACCUUUGUUAAAUC